CUCGUUCCACGUUCGCCAGUCCUUUCCUCCACCUGCGUAGCUCAUGCUCUGCUUGACCACCCUCGUACACUGUGCUGGGGUCAAUCUCCUUGAAUCACUUGCCAUACAAACCGCCUAAGACAGCUUCCCAGCAUUCCACGACACUCUCGUCAAAGAUCUGCAGCCUUGCGUCAGGGGGACGAGGUGCCACAGCCUCGUGUUUCGACCGUCUGUUCACCUCUCCUAGCAGGCUGCUGCGUUCCUUGGCGACCAAUGGAGCUUUGCGACUACCGAACACUACUCCAGAUCUUCUACGCCCGGUGGAACUAAACAGUGCCAACUGUCAGUUGACAUCAUGGCUGGUAUCGAACAGCUCGAGAUCCCUAGCAAGUCGUAUAUCGUCCGUUGGGUCAGUGUUGAGGAAGGUCACACGAUUUCCUGGAGCUUGCAGCCGCACAAGAAGUCGAUAAACUUCGGUAUCGUUAGACAUCCUGGCAGCGGCAGCACCAACAUCACUGUCAACCAGCUCGAAGUAGCCGAGGGACUCGAUGGCAUCUCCGAGAGCAGCAAGAAGGCCGUGUUCGCUAAAAAGGACUCGGGCAACGCCCAGGAGCAGCUCACCAAGAAGGGUUUCAUCGUGAUAAAUUGGCAUGGGAAGUGCGAGGCGGACAAGGUGUCCACGGGCACCUACGACAUCGACUCGGGCAACGGCGGCAUGUACGGCCUCAUCUUCGACAAUACAUUCUCGAAGCAGACCUCAAAGUCCGCCACCUUCGUCCUCCUGACCUACCCGACCGGUGCGCCUCCGCAGACUGCGCGUAACUUGCCCAACUUGCAGGCCGGCACCAGCGCGAGUACGAGCAGGACGAGUCUGCCCACCAAGGGGGCAAGCCCCAGCAUGAGACCGAGCGCCUGGGAGUCGGUGGACUCCCUACAGAGCCAGAAGACGAGAGGGAGGGCGGCCUCGAAUACGCGGAGCGAGGCCUCGGGCCAUACGAGCUCAGGAAACUACCACACAGGGCUGCUGCUGAAGAGGAGGCGCAAGAAGGGACAGGGCUACGCGAGGAGAUUCUUCUCCCUCGACUUCGCGACCUGCACGCUCUCUUACUACCACGACCGGAACUCGUCGGCGCUCAGGGGGGCUGUCCCGCUCAGCCUGGCAGCGAUCGCCGCGGACGAGACGAGACGCGAGAUCAGCAUCGACUCAGGCGCAGAAAUCUGGCACCUCAAGGCCUCUAACGACAAGGACUUUUCGGACUGGGCAAAGGCCCUGGAAAAGGCGAGCCGGAUCGCACGAGGGCUGGAGCCCACGUUCCUUGAGCCUAAGCCGAUCAAACGCCAGGUUACAAGGCGCUCUUUACAGGCCCCGCCGGACACUCGACAGGAGGAGGACCGAGAGUGGCAGCAGGUAGAGGCCCUCGUGAGCAGGGUUGUGGGAACCCGAGACGCCCUCCGACGGCUGGUUAAAGAUAUGGCCGCACAGAAGCACUCACACCCUCAUCGGCCGCUCUCUUCGCACCUGUCUCCAGGCACCCCUCCGAUUGGAGAGGAUGGGGACUAUUUCAAUGCGCCAUCCGAGAGGAAGCCAUUCUGGAAACGCAAAUCCAGCGCUACCAUUACACCUUCAACACUUGGACCCUCUGUCUCGUCGGCCCUGGCAGUUCCAAGUCCCUCCAGUGUCACCACAACAAUCAUUGCAAACGGUCCUGAGGAAAAGAGAAAGUCGAAGGGCUUCCACUCGGAGGAGGAGCGCACGAUGCACGAUCACUGCAAUGCACUUCUUGGCGACCUAGACUCGGUGGUGGCUGAAUUCUCAAAUUUACUAUCUAACAGCAAGCUAAGGCGGAUGCCACCAUCUGAUUCCGCUGACCCCCGCAACAGCAUAGAGUCAACAUCAACAGAAGAGUUCUUCGAUGCCGAGGAGGCUGGUGACCGCUCACAGCUGCUGGUUAUUGACCGCCAUAGCGAGGAUGAGUCGCCUGUCUCCGAGGUUGAUGAGGCAGAGGUGCACGAUGACUCGUCUGUGUCCAGCGUCGACGGCCCAGAUGAUACCAUGCCAGGGAAAGACGAGGACCACAGCAAUCGGUUCCCCAGCAAGCCGAAAUCACUUACCCCCUUACCGAUCAAUGAGGAGGUCAAGCGGCGCAAGACAGUACCACAGCCCAAGAUCAUGCCGCCAAGCCUCAUAGCAUUUGUGCGCAAGAAUGUUGGAAAGGAUUUGUCUACCAUUAGCAUGCCUGUGUCGGCCAACGAGCCGACUUCAAUGCUGCAGCGCGUCGCCGAGCAGGUAGAGUACGCUAAUCUGCUCGACUCGGCGGCGAAGCAAGGCAAAGCCAACUACCGCAUGCUUUAUGUCGCCGCCUUUGCAGUAUCGCAAUUCAGCGGUGGUCGUGUCAAGGAGCGGUCCAUCCGAAAGCCCUUUAAUCCACUGCUAGGCGAGACCUUCGAGCUCGUUCGCGGCGAGAAGGAAGUUCCUGGCGGCCUGCGUCUCAUUGUCGAAAAGGUCACUCAUAGGCCUGUCAGGCUGGCCAUACAAGCCGACUCUGCAACCUGGUCUUUAGCACAGUCACCUGCACCUUCACAAAAGUUCUGGGGCAAGUCUGCCGAGAUUACCACGGAUGGCCGGGUCCGCAUCGUAUUGAGACUCCCGGAUGGCACUGAGGAGCGGUACAGCUGGACCAUCGCAACCAUGUUCCUGCGCAACGUGGUCAUGGGCGAGAAGUAUGUUGAGCCCGUGGGCGACAUGACGAUCCUGAAUGAGGAUACCGGUGCGAAAGCGGUGGUGGAGUUCCGGUCCAAGGGAAUGUUUGGUGGGCGGAGCGAGGAUGUGCAGAUCGAGACGUACGGUGAUGACGGCCAGAACACAGGCCUUGCGCUGUCGGGCACCUGGACCAACUCCCUUAAAAUCAUGGAGUCGGGCAAGGCUGGCGAGGAGAUCUGGCGGGUGGGGUCCCUGGUGGACAAUGCUGCCAGCACCUACGGCCUGACAAUGUUCGCGGCAGGUCUAAACGAGGUGACGGCCAUCGAGAAGGACAAGCUGCCGCCGACAGACACACGUCUCAGGCCCGACCAGAGGCUCUGGGAGGACGGCAAGCUCGACGACGCCGAGAGCUGGAAGGUGAAGCUUGAGGAGGCCCAGCGGGCGAGACGGAAGCAGCUGGAGGAGCAAGGCGUUGAGCACAAGCCCAGGUGGUUCACCAAGGUCGAGACGGGCGCAGAGGGCGAGGAGGUGUGGAAGCUCAAGGGCGGCAAGGAUGGAUACUGGGAGGAGAGAACAAAGGGCCAGUGGACAAGCGUGGAGAACAUCUUUGAGGCUUAAGCUUUGCAUAUCAUGUUCAUUUGAUAGACAAUUAUCUCUGUUAUACUAGCGAAUAUAAGAAAGACACCAUCGUUUACUGC